AUGGAGGCGGCUUCGGCGCGGUAUGCCGCCAGAGAUCGCUGGGGGGAAAUGGGCCAUCCAGCGCCGUCACAGCUCCUGAGAUUCAUCCAAGCUGCCUGCAGUCCCGAAAACUACGAGCCCAAUCUCGCGCUGAACCUUGAGAUCGCCGAUCUCAUCAAUGCCAAGAAGGGCUCGGCCCCGCGUGAGGCAGCUGUUGCCAUAGUCAACUACAUCAAUCACCGAAACCCGAACGUCUCGUUGCUUGCCCUCAACCUGCUCGACAUCUGCGUCAAGAACUGCGGUUACCCGUUUCACCUGCAGAUCAGCACCAAGGAGUUCCUCAAUGAGCUGGUGCGCCGCUUCCCCGAGCGCCCCCCCAUCCGCCCCUCACGUGUCCAGCUCAAGAUCCUCGAGACAAUCGAAGAAUGGCGCAGUACCAUCUGCGAGACGAGCCGCUACAAGGAGGACCUCGGCUUCAUCCGGGACAUGCACCGCCUGCUGAGCUACAAGGGGUACACCUUCCCCGAGGUUAGGAGGGAGGACGCCGCCGUGUUGAACCCUAGCGAUAUGGAGGAGGAGGAGCGCGAGGCGCAGUCAGCAAAGCUGCAGGAGCUGAUUCGGAGAGGAACACCUGAAGACCUGCGGGAGGCGAACCAGCUGAUGAAGAUCAUGGCCGGUUACGACACCAGGUCCAAAGUAGACUACCGCGCAAAGGCUGCCGAAGAAGUCGCCAAGAUUCAGCAGAAAGCUAGGUUGCUUGAAGAGAGGCUAGAAGCUUUCAAGCCAGGCGACAAGAUGGUGGACGGCGACGUCUUCUCCGAGCUUGCCGCCGCGCUGUCAAGCGCACAGCCCAAGAUUCAGAAGAUGUGCGAGGAAGAAUCAGAUGACCAUGAGGCUGUGGCGAAAUUGCUCGACAUCAACGACAGUAUACACCGAACAGUCGAACGAUACAAACUUCUGAAGAAGGGUGAUAUUGAGGCCGCCAAACAAAUAGCUAAGGGGGCCCCAAUUGCGCCAAGCGGCAAGAAAGGCGCGGCAAACGAGCUGUCUUUGAUCGAUCUAGACGACGGAGACACCAACGGUGCAGCAAGUCGGGCAGCGUCCCAGACGGCAGGGGUUGAGGACGAUCUGCUUGGCCUGUCAAUAGCUGACACGAGUAGCUACGGCCAGACAGGAGGGAUUGCUUUAGGAUUUGGGGCCAAUACUAACGUUCCUGGACCAGCGCUGCUCUCCUCCGUAACGCAGGGCAAUACCGCAAGGGGCCAAGUCCCGGCAUCCUCACCGCCCCAGACUUCCUUUUCGAACUUCUCCUCCUUCACCUCUGCACCUAAUUCGCAAACUAGCACCCCGCGGCCGGCAGCGACAGCAGCCUUCUCCCCGCCAGCAGCAGGCUCAGCGGCCGCGGACCCCUUCGCGGCGCUGGGGUCUUUCUCCUCCAAACCACAGCCACCCGCACCGGUUCCUGCCGCCGCAUCAUCGAACGAGGAGGACGAGUGGAAUUUCUCCUCGGCACUACCCCCGGAAACACCAACCCUGCCGAAAGAGCACCAGGCCGUGGUCAGCAGCACAGAUUUAAAGAUCGACAUGACGGCGAAUCGGUCAAGCGACACGGCGCCGCCCAUAAACCUGACCUUUUCCUUUUCAAACAUGACAGCGAGACCCAUUUCGGAGCUGCAUUUCCAACUGGCCGUGACAAAGGGCUACGAGCUGCAAUUGCGACCGCAGUCCGGGAGAACGCUAGAGCCGAAGCAGAACCACGGCGUCACGCAGGCAAUCCGGGUAUGGCAUCACGGCAACAGGGAGAAGAAGGUCGAGGCCAUCAAGCUGCGGUGGCGCGUGUCGUACAAGGUUGGGGGCGAUCUCCGUAAUGAGAUGGGCGACAUUCCCGAGUUUAGCAUUGCAUGA